AUGCCUCUUAUACGAAAACAAAAGUCUGGACAUAAGAAAAGAAAAAAGAAGCAGAAGGAAGAAGCAUUGAGUCAAAGUCAAUCAGAGAGCAUCAAUAAGUACUUUAGUAGCAAGCAAAGGGCAGAGAGGGUAGACACUAUAGAAGUUAGAGAACAACAUGUGACUGUCAAUGAAGAUCCACAACAGCCUGCCAAUAAAGAUCCACACCAACCUGUCAAUGAAAAUCCACAACAGCCUGCCAAUGAAGAACCACACCAACCUGUUAAUGAAGAUCCACACCCGCCUACCAAUGAAGAUCCACUACAGCCUAAGAAUGAGGAAAUUGAGGAAGGUGAAAAUAUAAAUCAAGAUAAUCAUGAAGAGAUUGUUAAUGUGCCUGCAUAUAGAAUUGCAAAAAAUAACUUGGCACUUAGAGGUGAUUGUGAGAAGCUUUUUGUUGACAACAAUGGAAUUUUCUUGCAAAUGAUUGAGAUGGUUGCCGAGUUUGAUCCAGUGAUGCAAGAGCACCUCAAUCAUCAAAAUGAAUUAAUAGUGAUGUUGGCUGCUGAUGUGAAAAGUUCAAUUCUUGCAAAGAUAAAAAAUGCAAAGUAUUUUGCGGUCAUACUAGAUUGCACUCCAGAUGCAAGCCACGAGGAGCAAAUGUCCCUUGUUAUUCGAUGUGUGGAUCAUUCAGCAAAUAAAGUAACAGUGGAAGAAUUUUGGCUUGAGUUUUUGAAGGUUGAUGAUACAUCAAAGCUUGGACUUUUUAAGGAGCUUCAAAUUGUCUUAAGCAAACUUAACCUUGACAUUGAUGAUAUAAGAGGUCAAGGAUACGACAAUGGGUCCAAUAUGAAAGGGAGACAUAGAGAUGCGCUUGAUGAAUUGGCAACAACAAGUGAAGAUCCGAAAACCAAAAGUGAAGAUGAAGGCUUGGCAGAAUUUGAACUUGCCAAUUUUGAGUUUUUGCUUGGAAUGGUGAUUUGGUACAAGCUGCUACAUCAUAUAAAUAUUGUUAAUAAGUUUCUUCAAGCUAAGAAUAUGGAUAUUGAUGUUGCUAUAAGCCAGUUGAAAGCGCUUAUUUCUUUUCUUCAAGAGUAUAGAGAAUCUGGGUUUGAUCAAGCCAUAAUUGAAGCUGAACACAUUGCAAAUGAAAUGGGAAUUGAAGCUGUUUUUCAAGAAGAACACAUCAUUCGAAGGAAGAGGCAAUCUGAUGAGAUCAACAGUGGUGAAGAGGUGACCCAAUCUUCUAAAGAAUCUUUUCGGGUUAACUACUUUAUAUUUAUAGUUGAUCAAGCUCUUUCUUCACUUCAAUCUCAGUUUGAGCAAUUCCAAAUAUAUGAGGAAAUCUUUGGCUUUUUGUUUGCUGUGGAGAAGUUAAAGUCUGUUGAUGAUAAUAGUCCCUUGAGCUCAUGUGUCAAACUUCAACAAUUUCUAACACAUAAUGAGCACUCUGAUAUUGAUGCAACCGAUUUGUGUUUAGAAUUGCAGUUGUUAAGACACUUACUACCAGCAGAAACAACUAGAGCAAUAGAUGUGUUGAACUUUUUGAGGAAGAUGGAUGGAUGUUAUCCUAAUGCAUAUGUUGCUUACCGAAUUUUGUUGACUAUACCAGUUACAGUAGCUUCUGCUAAAAAGAGUUUUUCUAAGUUGAAGUUGAUAAAAACUUAUCUCCGGUCAACUAUGUCACAAGAGAGACUAAAUGGCUUGGCUAUGUUAUCCAUUGAGAAAAAGGUGGUUGAGAAAGUUGAUUAUGCAAAGUUAAUUGAUACUUUCGCCUCCAAGAUUACGAGACGAGUAGUAUUUAAGUAA